AUGGUUCUAGAGCACCAGGGCAUGUUGCAGAAUCUGCAAACUCUCGGCUCGCAGCCGGCCCUGCAGCUGUACGCGGCGGCCGCGGCUGCCCAGUUGGCCCCCCGGAACCGGAACAGUGUGCCCCCGCAAUGGGCUCCGUUUCUUCAGUUUGGUGUGCCGAACGUUUUCGGUGGACACUUCCUGACGAGACCGCGGUUCGGGCCGCCCGGAGGUGGCCCACCGAACCUGACGUCCCUGGGGGGCGGUCCGGGUGCCGGUGGUGGCCCCGGAACCGGCCCCAUGCCCGGAUCGCUCGUGAACGGCGGUUCCCAUCCCAACAUAUCACCUCACCGCGCCAUGCAGGGACCACCGAGCGAGGAUUCCAACGAUGAUCGAGGAUCCGCCGCCGACGGAGACGACGAGAGCAGCGCGUCGAAACGGAGACGCUCCCGCACCAACUUCAACUCCUGGCAGCUCGAGGAACUGGAGCGAGCCUUCUCCGCAAGCCACUAUCCGGACGUGUUUAUGCGGGAAGCGCUGGCGAUGCGGUUAGAUCUGAAAGAGAGCCGAGUAGCGGUGUGGUUUCAAAAUCGGAGGGCAAAGUGGAGAAAAAAGGAGCACACGAAAAAAGGACCCGGCAGACCCGCACACAACGCCCAUCCGCAGUCCUGCUCCGGUGAACCGAUCCCGCCAAACGAGCUGAAGGCCCGAGAAAAAGCCCGGCGCCGGAAGAAGAUCGCGAAAGCGUUGGAACGGCAAGCGCGGAAGCUGCGGGCCAAGGGUAUCGCGGUCGAUCUGGAAGCGCUGAAAGCGGAGUAUCUGUCGCAGCACCGGAACAACUCCGGCAGUGACAGCGAGGAGGAUGACGACAACGAUGACGACGAGGAUCCGAUUGAUGUGGUCGGUGGCGCGGAGUCGGGCGACGAGCCGGAGGACUGCACGAUGCAGCGACGGGAAAGUGUGGACGACGUCCUGGACGAGAGCAGCGACACACCGACACGCCAUAACAGCAUCAGGCCAAACCCGUUUAGCAUAGAAUCCUUGCUGUACAACAACACGUGA